AUGAGGAUUCAUUCUAGAGUGGAAGCACACGAGCCUUACUUUCAACAAAAAAGAAAUUCUACUGGCAAAUUAGGUUUAUCAUCACUUCAGAAAAUCACUGCAGCAUUGCGAAUGUUGUCUUAUGGGGUAACAACAGAUUUCAUGGAUGAGUACAUACGUAUUAGAGAAACCACAACUAUAAAAAGUUUGAGGUAUUUUGUUGAAUCAGUCAUAGAUAUUUUUGGUCCUAUCUAUCUACGAAAACCAAACUCAAAGGAUAUUACAAGAUUACUUAAAAUUGGUGAAGUUCGUGGCUUUCCAAGAAUGUUGGGUAGCAUAGAUUGUAUGCAUUGGAGGUGGAAAAAUUGUCCAACCGCACGGAAAGGUAUGUUCACUGGUCAUGAUCACGAACCUAUAAUUAUAUUGGAAGCAGUGACAUCUUAUGAUUUAUGGAUUUGGCAUGCAUUCUUUAGGCUACCAUGGUCACAUAAUGAUAUUAAUAUUCUAGAACGAUCUAAUGUGUUUUGCGAAAUAACAAGUGGGGAGAGUUAUGCUGUUAACUACUAUAUAGAUGGUCACAACUACAAUAUGGGGUAUUAUCUGGCUGAUGGUAUAUAUCCUCCAUGGGCAACAUUCGUCAAAUCAAUUCCUUUACCUAUGAAUCAAAAGACCAAACAUUUUACUGCUACUCAAGAAUUUGUAAGAAAAGACGUUGAACGUGCAUUUGGUGUGCUCCAAGCUAGAUUUGCAAUUGUCCGUGGCCCAACAAGAUAUUUUGAUCGUGAAGCACUCAAUAAGAUCAUGUUGGCAUGUAUUAUUAUGCACAAUAUGAUCGUGGAGGAUGAACGUGAAUUUCAUCCACAACUAGAUAUAUUUGAAUAUGAACAAAUCUCUGAAAGUCCUCCCAUUUCAAUCAUAUCACGCACUCAAACUCCAGAACUUAUGAAUUUUAUUCAAUCACUCCACAAAAUUAGAGAUAGAAUAAUGCAUAGUUAA